AGGGGCGUCCGUCGGCGCGGGCCGGCACCGCCCUGGCGGCCGUGCUCAUCUUCACCAUCGUGGUGGACGUGCUGGGCAACGCGCUGGUCAUCCUCUCGGUGAUGAGGAACAAGAAGCUCCGCAACGCCGGUGAGGGCGCGGGGCGGGCGCGGGGGGCGGCGCGGCCGCGCUGCCAACUUGGCGGCGGGCGGAGCGGAGCGGAGCGGCCCCCGCACCUGCGGUACGGCAGCGCUGCCCGCCCGGUGGGAGCCGGCGGGGGUCGGCGGGGGCAGGACCGCAGCCCCUCUCCCUAACACCGGGGCGGGAAGGGGCAGCUCUGCCCCCGGUGAAGGGGUGGCGAGUUGCCGAUGAGCCAGAGCAGCACCCGCUCGUCUCUACUCGCCGGCCACCCGAGCCGCCGCCGGGGUUACUCGCUGUCUGUCCCGUACCGCGCCUUCCGUCCGCCAACUUCUCGGAACUUCUCUGUGCCGGAGGCAGCUGCGGAUGGAGGAGCCCGGGGUCCCGUCGCGGCGCAGGUAGAGCCCGCGUUCCUUCAGCCUGCUGGGAGAGAGCCAGGAGAGCAGGCGCCGCUCAGGAACACUCCAGGCAACAUCUUUGUUGUCAGUUUGUCUGUCGCAGACCUUGUAGUUGCAGUUUAUCCAUACCCUCUGAUCUUGAGUGCCAUUUUCCAUAAUGGAUGGACCAUGGGAAACGUUCACUGCCAGAUAAGUGGCUUCCUGAUGGGCUUAAGUGUCAUCGGGUCCAUUUUCAACAUCACGGCAAUCGCAAUCAACCGCUACUGCUACAUCUGCCACAGCCUUCGGUACGAUAAGCUCUUCAACUUGAAGAACACCUGCUGCUAUCUCUGCCUGACCUGGAUACUUACAGUGGUGGCAAUUGUGCCAAACUUCUUUGUUGGCUCCUUGCAGUAUGACCCCCGGAUUUACUCCUGUACCUUUGCCCAGACGGUGAGUACCUCAUACACCAUCACAGUGGUGGUGGUUCACUUCAUUGUCCCACUGUCCAUCGUGACGUUUUGCUACCUACGGAUCUGGAUUUUGGUAAUUCAAGUCAAACACCGGGUGAGACAAGACUGCAAGCAGAAGCUCAGGGCAGCUGACAUCCGGAAUUUCUUGACUAUGUUUGUGGUUUUUGUCCUUUUUGCUGUUUGCUGGGGACCGUUAAACUUUAUUGGCCUUGCUGUUUCAAUUAACCCUUCAAAAGUGCAGCCACACAUUCCAGAAUGGCUUUUUGUCCUGAGCUAUUUUAUGGCCUAUUUUAACAGCUGCCUCAAUGCUGUGAUCUAUGGGCUUCUUAACCAGAAUUUCCGGAAGGAGUACAAAAGGAUACUGCUGACACUCCGGACUCCCAGGCUGCUGUUCAUUGAUGUGUCCAAGGGUGGGACAGAAGGGAUGAAAAGCAAGCCAUCUCCAGCCGUGACAAACAACAACAACCAAGCUGAAAUACACUUAUGAUUCAGAAGAGUACUAUUUAUUCUGGAUUACAGUUGUAUAUAUAAUAUAGAAGAGGCUUUCUAUGUGUGCAUUUCACAGCUGGUGUUGCUGGGCCCCUCAUGCAAGGAAGGAGUCUGCUACCUUUCAUGCUUAGCUUAUCGCUGUGACAUUGAGGCUUUGAAUAAGGAUUUUCAGAAUGGAAAUGACUGACUUUUGUCUUUGUUCUGUUUUCUUUUUAACUUUCACCAUGUGCCUAAUUAAUUGGUUUGGUUGCUUUUGCCAUAAGCAUGCCAAUACCCUUGAAAAGGGAAGCGUUCAGAGCGCACAGAGAAAUGCAGUUAUGAUUGAAAUGCAACCUUCAAGAGCUGGCAAAAUUGCCAUGUAUUACAAACCAACCUUUCUCCCCUCCCUGUGAAUAAUAUUUUUUAGCAUUAACAUAAUCCAAACUAUAGCAAACAACGUGUGAACUGCAUGACUUUUUACCUUUUCAGUUAGGUAACAGUAUUAGCCAGCAGGCGUACAUAUGGGCAUGAUGACUUCCACUGUUGCGUACGUUUGUUUUCCUUUUUCUUUUCUCUUAAGGUUUAGAAGCUAGUCUGGGCUAGAUGUGAGGCAAGCAAAAGCCAGACCUAGUGAGUGUCUGAUGUACUCAUUUUAAUUCAAUAUCUACAGACAUUAAGUACCCUUGCACUAUCCUUCCCAGGCCACGAGUAAGAGUAUAACAUGUGACAUAAUCUAAUUGCAGGAAGAUACUUGGAGCCUGAUUCUAAUUUAGGCAGUUUCCUGUCAUGGCCAGCAUUCAUGCCAAACAUCUUUCAGAAGUCCCUGCUACAUGAACAUCAUAAAAAAGAUAAACAUAGCGGAGUCCCAUCUGUUUAAUGCAGAUGCCGGUUUUCAAGUUCCAGUAAUAUUUACACUUGCAGACAAAGGGAGAAGGGGAAGGAAGUGUUUGUUCCAAACAUCUCUCCUUUUGCUCACCACAUAACAUGAAUAUGAUGGGGGAGAAAAAAAAAAAAGCAGAUAAUUUUUUUCCAUUUUAUUCAUGUACAAAGCUGUAAUUAAUUCAUGGAGCCGGGAGAGGAAAGCUACUUAAACACAUUCACGCAUCAGUUCUCAGUUAAAGCCCAAACUCUGUUAUCUUUGUCAUUGGAAACAAUGUCCUGAAGUGCUGGGAAGGGCUAUCACAUUAGAAGCAAGCACAUGGACACAGAUAAGGCUGUUUCUUUAAUGGAGUGUAAGGGGGGUGACGGCAGCUGUCUGUAAAUAUGACUUGUUUUUUUUCCUUAGCUUCAUGGUGAAUUCAUCUCCUUAUGGUUUUAAAUGUGUGGAUCCUGCUUUGAAACAGUCCCAUAAAAUCACGGGUAAAACUCCCCCAGUGCAACUCUGUCCUCAAGCUAGCAAACCUGGCUUGAUGCUGGUGUACUGAGAGGCAUGGUGGGAGCUGUGUGAUGGAGAGGAGCAGGUCUGAGCCCCGUGGGUCUAAUGAGGACAGCAAUCAGCCCUGCUCCUGAUCAGAGAGUGCAGUCUUCUCUCUUUGAUCAUAGUCAAAGCAGGACUAGUUCCCAGGGCUGAGCCCUGAAACACUGAGAACCAGACUUUGCAAUAAUAGCAUGUGGGUGCCUAGAGAUGGAGGUACGUAGGAUUUACAAAAACCCUGAGCAGACUAAGUGCCUAAUCCUUAGUGAAGUUCACAAGCCAUUUGUUCAUUGCUUGCUGAAGGCAAACUUAUUGCUGAAUGUCCCCUCUGCUGAUUUUUGGGGGGGAAAAGGAGUUGAUAGAAAUUAAGCCCCUUUAUGAUGUGGGUCAAGAAACAUUGCAUGGUGCAUUGCUUCUGUGAGGACUGCAGCAUGCGUGCUGCCACGUGGUGAAGGUUGCUGCAAUGUAAGGGGGGGUCUCUCUUUUUAUAGGGCACCCUAGCACUUCACAAAGUUUCAAACUCGAACAUCUCAGCCACUUCAGAUUAUUAUUGUUUUAAAAUGCACCACAGACAGCCUCCCAUAAUAGGAAUCAAACUGUGUUCUGUUUUGGCCUCCUCUUCUGCCCAAUCAUGGCCAAAUAAAGGUAUCUUGACCCUCAGAAAUAAUGUCGUCCGUUUGCCUUCCAGCAAAACCAAUCUGGAUGAAUUCACGCCAUUCCAUGCAAACAAAAUCAUUUUGAGUCAAACUUGGAUAAGAAAAGCACCAAGGAAUCCAUAACUGCAGGAAGUGUUUGUCCCAUCGCACCAAGGAGAUGUCAUGUGUUCUGUGACUAGUCUUUAAAGUUGUUUGCAAUUAGCAACAACGGUGUUAGUUAGAAUCACAUUAGCAAAUAAUUUUAAGCAUCUAGCACCAAGCCAAAUAUACUCCUUUAAGGCAAUCAUGAAGAAUCUUGUACAGGUUUGCCAAAUAUACCCCACAAAUGGGGUUUCAUCUUAUGGAUCCGUGUCUUCUUGCCUUCACUGAACAUUCAGUUAAAGUGGUAUUUUUUUUUCUUUAAGCUUGUAUUUGCACUAUUUCUUAUUCAGGCUCCAAAGUAGCAGCCAGUGAGCAUUUGAACCAAACCAAGUAAGCCAAAGAGGUCCCUAACAGGCAAGCAUGGGAGUCUCUGCUAGCACCUGGUGGGAAGGGGGGCAGCAGGAGCAUGAUAGAGCAUCUCCCCAGGUCUCGCAGAGAGUUCCUGCUGAACCAAACUAUGCAAAGUGAUGGGGGGAUCUGCUCGUCUUCUGCUGUAGGGGUCUGAGCCCGACUCCUGCCCAGGUCUUUGCAGGAGCCAGGCUAAAUGCCUGCUGUGCUGGGGUGGUUCCUGAGCAGUUCCCUGCACGUGGAGACCCUGCCACUGCCCCGCAGCAUGGCGAUGGGUCUGCGAUGGGCACCAUCCAUCUAACAACACAGAGAGCUUGUCCUAGCAUGACCCAUUCAGAAAUGCUUUGGGUGUCCAUGUGUAAGUGAGGGCUGCCCAAGAGUGAGCCUGGAGCUGGGAUGAUUCAGCCACCAUGGUUGGAGUCCUGAGCUCAGUCCUGCUGGAGCUGAGGUCUGCAAUAUGAAAUGUGAAAAGCAGGGAACGUGGCUCCAAGCAGAAAACACUGUGCCAUUUGCUAGCACUUUGAUACAGAGACAGUUCUUAGGAUAGAUUUUUAUACUGGCUUAUUUUAAGACCACCCAAGCAGCUCCUUAUUUUUAUGUUAAGGAAUGGUUAACAGGGUACAGAGAGUUUAUUUUGUUAACAUUUGUUUACAAAAAAAGGGAAGUGUGUCUUAAACUCAGAAUCCUGAGCAGUGUCAGAAUUUCCCUAUGGGAAUUUAUCUUUAAUCCGAAUUUGAGCUUUCAAGGAGAUCCCACAGCUUAAAUCAUGCUCUGCCAGUUCUGCCUGUUGCAUACCUGGCCUUAAGUCACAGAAAUAACAUUGAGAUCUCCUAUAAACUGCUUUUAGAUCACUUGCUCUGGAUUUGACCUGGUGGUGUUGAAUACGUAUUCUAGCCCCAAACUCUAAAAUUAUCACAGUGGACAUAAACUUAUGGAGAGGUGGUAUUGCUGUGAAGGAAGGGGAAUCUCUUGCCACUAAGAAAUACUUUUGGAUGUUGCUAAUGAAUGUUGUUUAAUCUAUUUAAGAAGAAUGUAAACAAUAAAUUUAUAUAUAAAUAUAUAUUGCAUAUGCUGUUUCCAUUUCAUCAUUUGAUUAAGAAUCCUUCAGUAUACUUCCCUAUUGUUAUUUUUGUUCGUAAAGUAGAUUCGUUCUCCUUACCUGUUAAAACUGUAAUAAAUAUGCCAUUGGCCUGCUUAUUGAUUUUUUUUUUCCACUUGCGUUUAUUUUUUAAUAAAUAUUUGGAACAACAGCUUGGGUUUUGUUGACUCCCAGCAAGCAUAUUGAAUUGACAAAUAUAAUUGAAUUCAGGCAUACCUCAGCUGCUCAGCUCAGACUUGGAAGAGAAUGACCCAGUGCGUCUGAGACAUUUCCUUGAAUUCACAUGUUUUUCUUCCACCUGCCCGUGACCCAUCUGCCUGAUGCACUACAGCCUUCCCCAUGAGGGAAGAAACUUUCUCUGUGCUGCCAUUGGUCUAAUCACUGUGUGUCCCUCCAAGGCCCUUUGCCUUUCUACGUCUACCCAUCGGGUGCUAUGGAAGCAAAGACUGCGCCUCAUCCGUUUCCUUGC